ACAAGACAGCAUGACUGAUAUGUAGGACUGCCCCUUCAGGAGACACUCUGUCACCCAGCUCUGAGAUCAGUCUUCUCCAGCAUACACUGAAGUCUAUCCCCCCGCUCUCUGCAUCGCCACAGGUCAGAAACCAGCCAUGAACGAUGAUUACGACUAUGCGGUGUUUAAGGAAUUGUAUGACGCCUAUAGCUCAACUGAUCCCAGCAAUUUGAAUAAUGGAACUGUCCCGCUCUGUGUAAAGCAGGCUGUCAACCAGUUCGGUGCAAGUCUCAUCCCAGUUUUCUACUACACCAUCUUCCUCCUGAGUUACCUUGGCAACGGGCUUGUUCUCUUUAUCAUCUACAAGUUUGAGAAUCUCAGCACAGUGACAAACAUCUUCCUUCUGAAUUUGGUCCUCUCCAACCUUCUAUUUGCCUCCAGUCUCCCCUUCUUGGCGACAUACCAUCUGUCUGAGUGGAUCUUUGGUGUGGCUCUGUGUAAGAUGGUAAGCAGUGCGUACUUCAUCGGCUUUUACAGCUCAAUCCUAUUCCUCACACUCAUGACAUUUGACCGAUACCUUGCAGUGGUGCAUGCAGUGGCAGCCGCCAAGAGCAGGAAGAAGGCAUAUGCCAUUACUGCGUCAGUGGCAGUUUGGUGCAUCAGUAUUGUAGCUAGUGUGAAAGAGCUGGUUUUCCAAAAGGUGGGAAAGAGUGUAUUUAAUGGGCUGACAUGUGAAGAGUCGGGAUACUCCAAGAGCACCAUGGAGCGCUGGCAGCUGGUCACUUACUAUCAACAAUUCCUGCUCUUCUUCCUCCUUCCACUCACCAUGGUGAUGUACUGCUACAUUAGCAUCACUAUCCGCAUUUUGUCUACCCGCAUGAAGGAGAAAUGUCACACCAUCAAGCUCAUAUUUGUCAUAAUCUUCACCUUCUUUGCCUGCUGGACACCAUACAACAUCGUCAUCUUCCUUCAAGCUCUUCAGGUCACCAGCAAGGAAGAAGACUUAUGUUCCGAACCGGGAAGCUUGGACUAUGCACUGUAUGUGACCCGGAACAUAGCCUAUCUGUAUUGUUGCAUUAGUCCUGUGUUUUACACAUUUGUGGGAAAGAAGUUCCAGAGCCACUUCAGAAGGCUGAUGGCUAAAAAAAUUCCCUGUCUGAAGAGACACAUGAGCACCAGCAGCCAGAGCACCAGGAGCACCUCUGCCUACUAGUACUAGACACACACACACACACACACACACACACACACACACACACACACACACACACACACACACACACACACACACACACACACACACACACACACACACACACACACACACACACACACAGUCUAUAUUAAGAAUGAUUUUUUAAAUCAGUAUGUGUAUUCCGUUGGCUUGGUUACCAACCAUGCAAUGUUGGGGAAAUUAUGGGGAACAUUACUUAGACUUCAGAAACAGGUUUAUUACCAGAUAGGUUGACACGUACGAAGAAGUUGACUUGGUGUCGUGGUGCACACAUAAAAGUAAAACAAAAAAUUAAAAACACAGAGAAUUAUUUAAAUAAAACUAUAAUAACUUAAAAACAUUAUAAGAAAUAUAGAGCACAGACAUAAUAGACCACAUAGAACACAUUUCUGACUAGUACAAAAAACAAGCUUCUGUAAUGUAGCUAGUUCUGUCACAUGGACAUCUUGGACAUGUUGUUAUGGGAACACUAAAUCACAUGACAUGGCCCAUGACCCACCAGACUGUUCACUGUGUGUCACCUAGGGACUUAAUGAGAUAAAAUAAAGGCUAAAGCUGUAUAAGGAUCUUCCCAGAACAUUUAAAUGUCAUGUAACAUCUGUGUCACAGUGGGUUCUUAUGGGUUAAUUGGAACGUUUUUAAAGGCAUUUAUCUGACAUGAUAAGGACCUCAAGUAUAAGACAAUGAAAUCAAUGAAAAGAUCAAAACCAGCAAUGUGUUUCUCACUACUUUCUGGCUCUGUGACCUAAAAAUUGCCUCCCCAUUCCAACCAAAGAAUAAUAAAUAAAUCAAAAAAUGUUUACAUAAAUAAGAAUUGAGGCUGACCAGUGGGAACGUACAGCAUUUUGAUAUUGUUGGAGCAAAUUUUUCUCGAGAUUUUUUAAUAAUGCUGAAAAUGAUGGAAUGUUUCUGUAGACCUGCUUUUGGUGUGUUCAUUAUUCUGAGAUCUCCUGUUGGCUGAAUGCAAAAUGUAUGUAAAAUGUUGUGUAUUUGACACAUGUUAUCAAGGUCCUUCAGGCCCCUGUGACUUGUUGUAUUAUUUAAACUUUUGUUCCCCUGAUUCUUUGCACUGUUGCAUUCUGUCAGAUGUUAUGACUCAAGAUCAUUUCCCUUUUCUGACCGAACAUCUUGAGCAAUUUCCUGUCAGCUAAGCACUUUUUUUUGUUGAUCCGUGUGGCACUGAGACUGCUCUUGUUAAAGUCUUCAAUGACAUCCAUUUACUGUAAACACAGACAGUGGCAGAAUAUCAGUGUUAGUAUUAUUAGAUCUUAGCGCUGCAUUUGAUACUGUUGAACACAACAUAUUGCAACUGUAGACCGACUAGAAAACUGGGUGGGACUUUCGGCAACAGUUCUAAAUUGGUUUGAUUCCUACUUAAAGGACAAAACGUUUUCUCUAUAGGCAACUCCACAUCAGCGUUGACAAAUAUGACAUGUGGGGUUCCUCAAGGCUCCAUCUUAGGACCUCUGCUUUUUAAUAUCUAUAUGCUACCACUGGCUUAAAUUAUGAAAAACAACGACCUAAGUUAUCAUGCAGAUGACACCCAGAUUUCAAAAAAUAUAUUGCCAGGAUCGCCAGGAGACUAUUCUCCAGUUACAACGCUGAGUAAGUGCAUUGAGCACAUCAAUGACUGGAUGAGUAGGAACUUUAUAAAAAUACAAUUUAUUAUUAUUAUAAUUCUGACAAGUAUCAGAUCUUGCUGUUUGAAAUUAUCUUCCUGAAAGGUGUCACUUCUGAUUUACGUAUAUAUAUUUUUGAAAUGAUGAGUGUUGUACAGCAAAAGCUGGCAGUUGAUGUACAGUAAUUGAGAUUAAGUAGUGGAACGGAAGUGAUGGAUGGGCACACCGCUUUAUUUUCAGCUUAUCUGGUUUCAGUUUACAGUACCAUUACGUUUAUCGUUCCCAAAGGCCAAGAUUGAACAUCCAUGCACAGAUCAUUUAAGUUGUUCUAAGUGACUAAACGGGUAUUUCAAGAAGGUACUAUAAAACGCUUUUAAAGUUAUAUGGCCCGUAAGGGAACAUUUUCACGCAGUCAAAUCAAAGCAGAAGAGAUACCUGAUAUUCAAUUUUUUACAUUUCUUAUGUUAUGUGGACAUUAAAACAAACAAACACUCUGAAUAAGAGGAAUCUGUUUGAAUGGCUGAUGAUAACAAUAAAACACACAUUGCUUGUAUCAGAGAUCUCACCCCUGCCUCAAACAGAGCUGCACAUCUCUCUGCUUCGGCUCUCUCAACAUGAAUUUAAGCACCUGUGACAAUCAGAGCUAGAUGAUACCCAACCAUAUUUGACUUUGAUAAUUCAUCACAGCUUGUAUUUUAUCGUCUAGUCAUAAAAGCAAAUUAAUAUACAUCUGAUCAUAUCUAGUGAGCUACUUCACGCUUGCCCAUUUUCAUUAGUGGUCAUUUUUUAUACGUGGUUUGUUAACAAUACUUUUAUUUAUUUAAUCUACCUUACCAUAAUCUUUAUUCCCUUAGCAUCAAAUCAAGGGAUGUCAGCUCCUAAAUGUGUCAAAAAUAUGUUUUUAUAUCACUACAACCCCCUACACUAUUGUAUAAACAUACAAAAAGGGUUUAAAUUGUUGUAACAGCUCCACUGACACCUGUGUGUUCUCUGUAUCUGGAACCAGUUUAUGUUACGAGUCCUCAAAGACACAUAAGCCUUUAUUUAACAGCUCUGCAAAGCCCGGGACAAGGCUAUUACCUGAAAAAAGUGACAGACAGAAAUAUGCUUUCACCACAUAUAUAAGCAAUAAAUACUUUGUAAGAUCAUGGGUUAUACAAAAUAAAAUGUUUGUCGCUUU